AUGGCGGUGACAAUGGCCCUGUCAGCUGCAGCGGCGGCAGCAGCCCUAUCCGGCCUGGCAAUGCGACUUUCGCGUUGGGCUGCGACGCGCGGCUCCUAUGGCGCCUUCUGCAAGGGGCUCACGCGCACGCUGCUCACCUUCUUCGACCUGGCCUGGCGGCUGCGGGUGAACUUCCCCUACUUCUACAUGGUGGCCUCGGUGAUGCUCAACGUCCGCCUGCAGGUGCGGAUCGAGUGAGCCUUCGCCCGCCACCGCCGCGGGCCCUCGGCACCGUCCGCGCCACCCGUGUCACCCGCGCCAGGGCCGCAUGAAGGACCGUGGGUGGCCGCGCGGUGCCCCGAGACCGCGGCGGGGGGCGCAGGCGGGACGGCCCGGGCCCCUCCGUUUUAGGCCUCCUCUGGGGGCACAAGGUACCGCAUCCCAUACCGCAAAAAACCUUCACAGCCCCGUCCUUUUCCACCGCUGCAUCCAGAGAAUCACCCGAGCCUGGCAAACCUGUUGCCUCCCCUUGGCAGAAAGGGGGGAAGCCCGAAAGAGGGGAUGCUACCGCAGGAUUCACCAGGCCCUGUGCAGGAAGAGCUUCCUGAGAUGUCACCUGAACCCUGACUGGGAGAAAUGGGCAGUGAGC